UAUACCUCAGUUGGAAGGCUCACUUCAAUAACGAGCCCAAUCCGCCAUCUGUAUGGAGUACGAACGACAUCCAACGCUCUACUACCAGGAUGGUGAUAUUGCGCUCUCAGCUAAAAGAACGGACAACACAUCGCGAUGGCUGGUUUUCAAAGUCGACAAAGUGUACCUACUCCGUAGUUCCCCCAUCUUUCGGGACAUGCUUUCAUUGCCUCCCGCCGCAGGUGUGAACGAAAAAUACGAUGGCGUCCCUUUGGUGGUGUUUCCAGAUCCUGCUGAGGCGGUGGAGCAUUUACUUUCUGUCUUGUACAGCCCUGCAGGGCUCUCAUUGCGCCCCAAAGACCCUGACAAUCCUAUUCAUGUCGUGGGUCUGACACGCCUGGCGAUCAAGUAUGAGAUCGAAGUGCUCCGGGAUGCAAUCUUUCAGCAGAUCGCCGCGGAUUGGCCUGAGGAUCUUGCUUCCUGGGAUGCACGAAUUGCAGAGGAGAAGCUUUGCCAAGAAGCCCUUAGCCUGGACCACGAAUCCUAUGAUAAGGAUACUCUGGACGAGAUAUUCCCCGAACCAGCGGCAGCCAUCAACUUCGGGUUGGAGUUUGGCGUGCAUUCCAUGCUUCCUGCCGCAUUCUAUCGUCUCGCUACCAUUCCUGCACACCAAGACUGGGAUGUAUAUCGGAACAUGGAUCAUCCAAACUACGGAGACCAUUGGAGCGAUCUCUACGAUGGCCUUAGAACAGCUCAUUGGGGAAGUCUUAGCUCUCAAGUCCUUAUGCAUUUGAUUCUCUUGCGCGAAGAACUUAAGGGACAGACACGUGAAAUAAUAAGCACGUUCUCCUUGCUGCACGAUAAAUGCGCCAAACGUGUGUCCUGCAAGAAGACGAAAGCAGAAUUGCUCAAAAACUAUCUUUCGAGCCCAUCAGAAAGCCGCUUUUCAGACCCUAUGACCGUUUUGAAACGUUUAUUGGACCAAACGGAGAACUGGGAGAUCUGUCGACUGUGCAAGUGGUUCACCAGAGAUAAACUUUUACUUGUUAGGCAGGGUGUUUGGAGCACAGUCGUCAAGACCGUUGUACCGGAGUCUUCGUAGAGCUGACAAUAUGCUCGGUUUCCCCGCGAGUCUCCUUCUGCGAAUGCUCACGGCAUACAUUACACCUUCGGCCAUGACGAUCUCUUCCAGAAGUAUCACACAAGCGCGUGUUUCCUACGAAGAUUCAAUCGUGAAAUCCUUUGACUGCGUCGACCUACAAUGAUAUCAUUGAUUUCAGUCAUCUCCAAAAACCAAAACCAACCUUUUUGUCAUAUUCUGGCGAUACCUCGAAGGCAAUGGCGGAGUUCCUCGAUUGUGCAUAAUAUGCACGAGUGUCUGGCUUUACGCGAUGCUGGAAGAUAUUUGCUUAACGUCAGCGAACGUUUUCGUUCGCAGGCCUCGUGGGUCAAUCCCAAGUUGGGCGUGUUGCACUCUGCCGGACACGUCGAGAAGAUCAUCAUAUACAUUUGGAAACUAUCGUAGUAGUUAUCUCACAACUCUUUCCAGGUCUCCACGAUAUGCUGCUGGAUGCGCCUUCCGUGUCAUGUUGUGCUGCUCGAACGUAUCGCAUCUCUCUUGGUAG